AGCAUCCCAAACUCCGGGCACAAGUACUACCUGCAGUUCACCACCGAAGACUACAAAACGGGGGAAGAUGCCGGGAGCUGCCUUGCCACGGUGCUGUAUCCGAAGACGAAGGCUCUGCCUGUUGUCAAUAUCAAGUGUACGCAUCCCAAAGACCUGAAGAAAAUUCAUGAAGAGGACAACAGAAUUUACCUCAAAUUUAGGCACCAAACCAAACCAAUAAUUGGAAACAAUAUUCCAGACAGCUAUGGCAAUAUUGAGCCUGCCCUGGAGCCUGUGUGGGCUCUGGCUGUCGCUGGCAGCAGUUACAUCAUGUGGGAAAAGUCAACAGAGAACUUGGGUUACUUCAUGGCACAAGUGAAGUCUGUGAAGCAGUGGAUAAGAAAAGAUGAUUUUAUUGAGUUUGACUACGCUGUCCUACUCCACGAAAUUCCAACCCAGGAAAUUAUUUCAUGUCACAUGCGACUCACUUGGCUGCCUGGUCACCCGCUGAAAGUGAAAUACUUCUGCACUUCAGAGAAUCAGGGGCCCGACGAUGGAUCUGGAAUGGAAUCUGGAUCAGCUGCUGGGAUUUUACAGGAAAGGGGAGCAACUUUUUAA